AUUUUCGGGCUUUGGUUGUUGAAAGAGUGGAGGCAGGUGGAUGCUGAUUUGAUUAGCGCUAGCUGGUUUAGACAAUAAUGAGGUGGUGAAGUGUUGUUGACAGAAGUACAGUUCGCUUAUAUUUUGCCAGGUUAAACAUUAGUGUCUGUUAUUUUGUGUAGAAAUGACAACUACCACGACAUUUCAAGGGAUGGAGCCCGGCUCUAAAAGCAGUUCCAGGGUUUUGCGCCCUCCUGGUGGGGGCUCCAACAUUUCGCUUGGUGCAGAGGAGGAGAAGGCUCCUGCCAGGAAAAACAAGAUGGCCUCCAGUGUUUUUGCUGAGCCAGAAGACCCUUACGCCAAUCGAAGGAACAACCCACCAGGAGGGAAGCCGUCAGGUGUGCUGUGUGGUGAACCGUCUGCCCCCCUCAGAAGAGGUGGAAACAACACGGGCAACCACUCUGGAGAGCGUCCUCCCACAGAUGGAGUGAAUUCUGUAGGCGAUAAUGAAAACACCCCCGCUGAUCCAGAACCAGCUCCAGAGCAGCAGGAGGAGCCCCCUCAGAUGGAGGAUGCCGCUGCAGGUGCACCAUCCGGCCGUCGAAACCCCCCAGGGGGCAAGUCCAGCCUCAUUCUGGGUUAAAUGCCGCGCAGCAUUCCCCCCUUACCUCCACUCAUGUCUGAACUCAUCUUUUUUUUAAAUUUAUUUAUUUUAAAAUCUCAAGAAAAAUCUGCAGCUCAUCUGUGUGUAGUGCAGGAAUCCUCUUCGUCCUCCAUGUUCCAAAGUGCUUUGUUUUGAUACGUCUCUUUUGACAACUGUUUUGUACGUUUUUAUUUUGUUUAAUUUUCACAGAAGCACUUUAUGUACUGUUUUUAUGGUUCGAUGUUGGCCUUUGCUCCUGCAAUCAGAUCUGUCAGGAAGGGCACAAGGUUCAUAUUUCUCAUGACAGCAUGUCAUAAAUGUCCCCGAACUCUUCUGCUCCAGCACAAGCUGCGGCUAAACAUACAGUACGCUAGCCGAACACAAGCAAAGACAACUUUUUACAUGGUGUUCUUUCCAUCUCAUCCUGCAUGCAUGUCUGAUCUGUAUGAAUGUGAGAAAACUUUACUGUGAAGAGUUUUUUUUAAUUAUUUAACUUGUUUUAUAGGUUGUUUUUUAUUUGUGAAAUCGUACGCUUGUUGCAUGAAGUAUUUCUACUGAAUCUAGUAUUAAUGUCCACCCUAAAGGCACAUAAAAUCUGAAAGAUGUUUUUUUUUUUUUUCUCCAAAAGAAUGUUGUACUUUCCAUGUUUUUACAAACCUUCGAUUAUUGUAACUCCAGUGCCGGUUUUAAGUGCCCCGAGUUUUUACAGGUAAAAAAUUCAUUCUUAAAACCACUUUGCCAGUAACAGAUCAUGUUGUUUUUUGUUUACUUGUCAUGAAAUGUUGUUGGUCCUGACUUCUAAGUGACCUUAUGACAGCCCAGCCUUCUUUCCUCUCUUUUAUUCCCUAUUUACAUCUAGUUUUCCUGCUCACAACAAAUGAAAACCAAUCUUUUUGUAUGUUUUAUGCGACAGUAUUCAAUCCUAACAUCUGUUGUGUAUGACUGCUGUGUCCACCAGCUGUCAUUUGAGAAGAUCUCAAUUCUAGACCUCCUUCACACUGGAUGAUUACCCCACUCUGGUGUUAAUCAGAAUGUGGGUGGGCUUUGCAGGGUUAAGGUUGUGGAUUUCAGACAUGUAGUAAAAAGAAGAUGGAGCAUCUUAGAUCGUUGUUGGUUCUGAUAGUGCACAAAACAUCCAUAGAAAGGGUGUUGUACUGGGUAGAGCGUGAGGAAAGGUAUCCAUGUCAUGGAUGAUUGAGGGUUUAAGCAGUUCUCACCACACUGGCCUCAUAAAGGCUACAGCCAUUAUUGCGACAUGGUUAUGGUAACAACGUUGGAGAGAUGAGAUACUUGUAGAUUCAUUAUGACGUGGCCACACAGUCGUACCGUGGGGAGUGUACAUAGCAUGGUGACGGCACAGGAGAGUGCCACAAGGAUGCCAAAAAUUCUGACAAACCCGUUUGGCGAGUACAAAGAGGAGUGGUGUCCCUGAUUUGCCGCGGUCCAGCCACAGUAGGUCCUGGAGAGUGUAGUGAGGUGGUUAUUUGGAGUGAAGGGGCCUACAUGUUAUAUUACCUUUUAUGGUGUAUUUUCUUUUACUUUCUCUUGUUCAUGUUUGCAUUUCACACCAAGUCUUCAUGCCAGAUGUAAGCCACUGCAGAAGUCUGGAUCCAAGAAAUGGCACAAGUGGAAAUGAACAUUAAAGAUCAGUUUUGUCCAUGA